ACUUCCGCCCCCCCGCAAUCAACCUAAAUUCCACAUCUUCCACACUUCCAUUUCCAACAUGGAUACCACAGAUACCACAGAAUCCCCACAGCCAGCCACAGCCACAGAGCCUGUCGCCGUCUUCAAAAAGCGCUCUGCGAAAGGGAAAUCCAACUUCCGCAAACGAGCCGCCACUCCCCCCCCAGCCUCGGACAGCGACUCUGACUUCUCCUCCUCCGCCGACGAAUCCGGGCAGCGCAUCAAACGGCGCAAGAAGAACACCAGCGGCGUCAUCACAGCCUCGACCAAAUCGACCGCGGCCUCUUCCUCCAGCGCUGACCUGUUCGCGACCAAAUACGAAGCCGCCCACAACACCACCAUCAAGAGCGUCAAUGACGCCACCAAGCACAGUAACUGGUACGACGAGCACGCCGACGAUGCCCUCUCCCACAAGAACCUUCUCGGGACAACGCGCAGCGCUCCCGCUCCCGAUGGGACAUACAAGGGCCUCGCAAACACCACAAACUUCAUCCAGAAGAACCCCGACGCGCCGACGCGCGUAGUCGGCCCGGUCAAGGCACCGACCAACAUCCGCACCAUCACAGUGACGGACUUCGCGCCGGACGUGUGCAAGGACUACAAACAGACGGGAUUCUGCGGCUUUGGAGACAAUUGCAAAUUUCUUCAUGCGCGCGAGGACUAUAAGCAGGGCUGGCAGCUUGAUCGCGAGUGGGAGAACGUUACGAAGGGAAAGAAAGUGACGGGCGGCACGACGGUAGCGAGUGCGAAUCGUAAAACUGGGGGCGGGGAAGGAGAAGAAGACGACUCAGGUGAUGAGGAAGCGAUGCUCGAAGGUAUUCCCUUUGCGUGCAUUAUCUGCAGGGAGAAAUAUAAGGAUCCGAUCGUCACCAAGUGCGGGCAUUACUUCUGUCUGGAUUGCGCCUUGAAGAGAUACAGGAAAGAUCCUAGUUGUGCGGCGUGUGGAGCGGGUACGGGAGGCGUGUUUAAUGUGGCGAAGAACUUGAAGAAGCUGCUGGAUAGGAAGAGGGAGAGGGCUGCUAAGAGACGGCAGAAAGCUAUAGAGGCCGGAGAGGAGGUUAGUGAUGAGGAGGAGGAAGAGGGGUAG